ACUUCCGGUCCCACCCACAUUCUCUUGUCGCUUCCGGGUGGUGGCUACACAAGACUCGACCAGCAAGCCGUCGUUAUCUGUACGCUGUAAACAAAAGUUACUCAACGGUUUAACUUCAGCGACACAUUACGCGAAAAGACAUGCAUAUCAAAACAGGUACAUGGGAAGCCAGUAACACUGUGUGUGAGCCCGAUAGCCUGUGUGACCCAGCAGUUCUCGUUUCAGCCACCAACUCAGAGCCUCACAUUCGCAACCGCCGCCUGUCUCCCGGCUCAGGUAACUGCGGUGGUGGGGGCGGAGGCUGCAUCUCUGGAAGCGACCAGAUCCCCCAGCAGCUUUCCCCGGAGGACGACCUGAUCAGUCCCGGCCACACACACGGUUUCAGCAUCCGCAGGGAGAAAGAGCGCAAGGGCCAGCAGCACAAAGGUCGGAGUCUGCGUAGGGAAAGUCAGAAGGGUGUCGGCCGAGCAGGCGAGCGAGCGCAAAAGGUUCAACAAAAAGAGAGGUGGGUGGAGGACAGUCUGUCACUGCUGAAGCCCCCGCCUGCUUUCCCAGUGCAGGACAGCCCCGCCAAGCUGCAGCCCGCUGUCAGCUACGCCUCCAAGGUGAAGGCCAGAGCAGCAGGUGGAGGGCUGGAGGAGGACCGCCCUGCCAUCGGUGUGCUGCUACAGAACCAGUGGGGUCUAAGUUUCAUCAGCGAGGCGAGGCCGGUCACAGAGGGCUCCAGCCCCCGCCCCACCGCUGACUCCCCUCUGCCCACAGACGCUAAACAUCCUGCAGACCUACAGUUUGACACAGUUCUCACAGUCCAGCCCCCUGAAGACAUGCCUAUUCCUGUCACUACCUCCGUCACCCCCGUCACACGUGCAGAGGUGGAUGAGAGCAAUGGAAAGCUGCUACUUAGCUGUCGCCAUCUAGUGGAGGCCCUGAACUAUCACAGUAGAGAAUGGAAUGCUAUCUGCAACAGACAGAAAAGAGAUCCUAAGAGGAUUGUCUGGUUUAAGGACACCCAGGAGCACCCAGCCUAGCAGUGUUAGAAUCCCAAAGCAUAAACAUAUACGCGACACACACCUACAUGCACAUUAAAAACACAUAAAAGAUGGACAAAUUUGAGUCCCGUUCACACACUGCACUCAGGAUGAUGUCUUCACGCAAAGCCACACUGAGACACUUUGGACUAACUCCUUGGAGAUCUUACAGCAAUGGACUUUUUUAACGCCUUACGGAAAGCCUGCCUUAAUUACUCGAUCCGUUUCAUCACCUCUCAUUACCAUUUUUAGCUUGUAUGUCUAGAGCUGGUCUUUUUUUUUUUAAAUCUCUGAGGAGUUGUAAUUUAAUUUUUUUGUUCCGUUUUGAAAGCUGCGGUUUUAUCAAACUUUGUCCUCUGUAAAGCGAGUGGUCAAUCAAGCACUUUGUUAAAAAAAAAAAAUCUGUUGUGACCAAUCCUUGUGUGCGAGAAGCCCUCACCAGAGUGAUUUAUUUUUGCCCCGUCUCUAAUGUAAACCAGGAGAAUGUCUCGUACCUGCUUGAGUUUUAUUAAUGUACGCAGAGGACUUCUGUACCAGUGUCUCAGUUUACAGAAGGGUGUAGUCAAAGGCACAGUAGAGUUCACCCUUUACCACGUCAGAUCUUAAUGCUGUGCUCCUUUCAUUGUUUUUAUUUGAUCCCUAAUCGGGUGAAUGUUACUCACAAAUCCAUAAGGGAUGUCACCAUGUUCAGUAUGUUGAUUUUUGAAAAGAGUUUAUUGAAUUAAAAAAAAAAUUACACUGGAGGAGGAAUGUAAGAGAACAGUAUUGCUUAAUAAAAAUGAAUAAACUUGAA